CGCAGCGGUGAGUCAGCUGAACUAGACCGGAAGCAAAACAAAGAGCGGAGCAGCAGCAGCUCGUGACGCGGAUCGACUCGAGAAACUUUUCUCUCAUGAAAAAUUAAUUUUGUAAUAUUUUGUUUUCAUGGGAAACACAGGACAGACGGAACGACAGCACGAGACACAGCGGACCACGCGGAAGUCGAGGAGAGGAGGAGUGAGCUGUGUUGGAUCGUCGUCGUCGUCGUGGCAAUGAAGAGGAGCCGGGUGUUGGCGGUGCUGGUGGGAGGAGUCUUCUGCGUGGCGGUGAUGUCGCUGUACCGCAUGCUGGAGCUGAUGCAGGGGGCGGAGCUUCAGCAAGGUGGGGCCAGGCCUGCUGCACAGGUAGACGAGGAAUUGUCCCGCCUCCAGCAGAAGAUUGACAGGUUGGAGCGUCUCCUUAGCGACAACAACCGUCUGGUUGCUACGCUGCGGGAUACUCUGUUCAACCACAAAGCAUCGUGGGAAACAGGAGGGGGAGGGGGUAACAUGAGCUCAGGCUCCACCCACAGCCAGGCCGACACGCUGCCUGGCUGCCGAUUGGCCGGAGAGACGAAGGACGGAAGUGAUGGCGUUCAGCUGUCGGACGUGUACGACCUCCUGCCCUUCGACAACCCCCCCGGCGGCGCCUGGAAACAAGGGUUUGAGAUCCAUUACCAUGGAAACGAGUGGGACGAGCAGCCACUGGAACUGUUUCUGGUUCCACACUCACACAACGACCCGGGUUGGUUGAAGACCUUUGACCGUUACUAUGACGACCAGACGAGACACAUCCUUGACAAUAUGCUGGUGAAACUGAGCGAAGACAGCAGGAGGAAGAUGAUCUGGGCGGAGGUCAGUUAUUUCUCUAAGUGGUGGAACGAGCUCGACGAUCAGAAGAGAGAGAGAGUCAAACGGCUGGUGCGGGCGGGGCAGCUGGAGCUUGUGACGGGUGGCUGGGUGAUGGCGGACGAAGCAAACUCUCAUUACUUUGCUCUGUUGGAUCAGCUGAUCGAGGGACACCAGUGGAUCCACAGACACCUGGGCGUGAGGCCGAGAUGCGGUUGGGCGGUGGAUCCGUUUGGACACUCCCCCUCCAUGGCCUACCUGCUGAAGGGGGCGGGGCUUAGCAACAUGGUCAUUCAACGAGUUCACUACGCCGUCAAGAAACACUUUGCCCGACAACAGACGCUUGAGUUUCUAUGGCGACAGGGCUGGGACUCCUCCCCCCGCAAUGACAUCAUGUGUCAUAUGAUGCCGUUCUACAGCUACGAUGUGCCGCACACGUGUGGUCCGAACCCGUCCGUGUGUUGUCAGUUCGACUUCCACCGCCUGCCGGGGGGGCGGGUCUUCUGUCCCUGGAGAAUACCGCCACAGCCAAUCACAGAGCAGAACAUCCAAGAGCGCGCUCUUCUCUUAUUGGACCAGUACCGUCAGAAGUCACGCCUCUUCCGCUCUCCGGUUCUUCUUGUUCCCCUCGGCGACGACUUCCGAUUCGUAGAGUCGAGCGAGUGGGACGCUCAGUUCUACAACUACCAGAAACUCUUCGACUACUUCGAGCAGCACCCGGAGCUCCACGUCAAGGCCCGCUUCGGGACGCUGUCAGAUUACUUCCAUGCUCUUGAGCGGCGCCUGUCCGCGGCGGGAACGACUCUGCCGACGCUGCGCGGCGACUUCUUCACGUACGCCGACCGUGAUGAUCACUACUGGAGCGGAUACUUCACGUCCAGACCGUUCUACAAGCGUCUGGACCGCACGCUGGAGGCAUCACUCAGAGCGUCAGAAAUCCUCUUCAGCCUGACGCUGGCCGCGAUGCGAAGUUUCCGUGGCGACGGUCGCCCGGUAGCAGGUUUCCCCACUCGAGAACACUUUGGACGACUGACAGCGGGGAGGCGGAGCCUGGCGCUGUUCCAGCACCACGACGCCGUCACCGGCACCGCGCGUGACCCCGUCGUGGUCGACUACGGCAACAGAUUGUUUCACUCCAUCCUGGACCUGCGCCAUGUGCUGCAGAGCUCCGCCCACUGGCUGCUCCUAUUGGACAAGAGCCGUUACCACCACGACCAAUCAAAACCCUUCCUACAAAUGGACGAAGUGAUCUCAGCUCCAGACGUCCUGCCGCAGAAAACGCCGCUAACGCUCAGCAAAGAGCCCAGGUCGUUGAUCGUCUUCAACCCGACGGAGCAGCAGCGAACAUCCGUCAUCAGCGUCCUCGUCGACUCUGCGGACGCUCGUGUUGUUGAUGCGGAAACUGGUCGACCAAUGGCAGCGCAGAUGUCUGCUGUGUGGGCAGAGCCGAGCAGUGCGUCCACAGAAGUUUUCCAGCUCGACUUCGUGGCCGAACUUCCUCCGCUGUCGCUCGUCGUGUAUCACGUGACCAGAGCGUUGACUGGCUCCGCCCACCGGGCACGCUACACCUUCCACCGUCAUGGCAACCCACCGACCGUCCAGUCACAACACUUCCAGGUGUCCCGCCCUGUGGGUCCUGAGGCCGACACCCCCGUGUCGCUUAGCAACAAGCAUGUCCAAAUAUGGAGUUCCCCUGAGACCGGCCUGCUGCAGAAGCUACGGCUGCGCUCCGGUCUGGUCCGUCAGGUCCAAGUCCAGUUUCUGUGGUACGGAACCAGAACAGGAGCGAACCGGGACAAGAGUGGAGCCUACUUGUUCCUGCCAGGGGAGGAGGGGGCCCAGCUGUACUCGUCCUCAGAACCACCCCUGGUACGGGUCUCUAGAGGGCUCGUCUUCUCUGACAUCACUUCCUAUUUCCGACACUUCACUCACACAGUGCGACUCCUUCACUUGGACGGACAUGCUGGGAGGACCCUGGAGAUUUCCAACACGGUCGACAUCAGGUCAGAGUUCAACCGUGAGCUCGUCAUGCGGCUUGUCAGUGACGUCGCCAACGGCAACAGUUUCUUCACUGACCUCAACGGUUUCCAGAUGCAGCAACGCCGGACGCUUGAGAAACUGCCCCUUCAGGCAAACUUCUUUCCCAUGAGCUCGUCGAGCUUCCUGCAGGACGCCGCGUCGCGUCUCACGCUGCUGUCAGCGCAGAGUCAGGCCGUCGCCGCGCUGCGACCAGGGGAGCUGGAGCUGGUGUUGGACCGGCGGCUGCAGCAGGAUGAUAACCGCGGCCUCGGUCAGGGCGUCACCGACAACAAGCUGACGGACAAUCUCUACCACCUGCUGCUGGAGGACCGGAGGGGCGAUGCCCAGGAAGUGGGCAGAGCCUCGGUUGAACACCUGUCGCUGCUCGCCCACCUUACCUCGCUCUCCCUCUGCCACCCGCCACUCACUAUGUUCGCCCCCGUCGACAAUCAGCUGCCAAAGAUCCACCCCUUCCGGCCGCUCCGCUCAUCGCUGCCGUGCGACGUUCACCUGCUGAACCUAAGGACACUGGAGGACGACCAUGAAGCAGGAAGCCCGUCACAGGAAGUGGCUCUCAUCCUCCACAGGAAGGGCUUUGACUGUAGCUCCGCCCCCGAGCCAGUGCCUGUGUGCACGUGGAGCAUGCACGAGGAGGUGAAUCUGGACCAACUCUUCUCCCCUCUUCAGUUUCGCUCCGUUCGUCCGUCAGGUCUGACCCUGCUGCGUGAUGACGACCACCAGGAGUCCGCCCAGCAACAUCCACCGACACACAUGGUUCGCCUGCAGCCAAUGGAAAUCAGCGCUUACCGUGUGACGCUCGACUGAAACACGAAGGUCGAUGUGACGCUUGUAUGGAAAAUCAAUAUCAGAAAAAAAUUACUUUAAUCAACUUUUGUGUCAAAAAAAUCUGAGACAAAGUAAAUUAUAAAAUGUCCGAAUGAACAUGAAGAAUCAGAAACCAGGGGUCAAAGGUCAAAGGUUUUCUGUCAAUAUUUAAUAAUCGAUUCAUCAGUUUUUUGGUGACCAAAAAGGGACCGAUCGAGUUAUCGGCUCGGUGUUUGAUGUGACGUGUUUCCAUGGUGUGACUGUCAAUCAGAGUCUGAGUCAUUACUGCUGCUUCUCUGUUUUAUAAAUGAAUGAGGAAUUGUGGGUGAACGAGUCAUUGAUUUAAUUUUUAUUAAUCUGUUAAUAAACGACACUGGAGCUUUUUGUGUAAUUUUGUGUUAAAAUGUACUGACAAAUCCACAUAUUUUCCUGUUUAAAUGUAAAGACAGAUACAUCUAUAAAGAUAUAUAUGUAUAUGUAUCUGUCUGUUUGCUGUAAAGGGAAAGUUUGUGGAAAAUCUGUAGAUGAUUAAAUCUUCUGGUAAUUUUUUUUUAAAUUGAUAAGGUCUAUAUUUGCUGAAAUGUCAAGAUUUAAAACAAAAUGUUUUGUUUUGAAAAAUGUAUUUUUACUUUUUCUAAUUUUGGGGAGAUUUUUUGUUUGUAAUAUAAAAAUAAAUUAUUUUCCAAUCGUCCA